UCGAUAAAUCCACUUGUGACGUGUAAACGCAGGCCGAAAAAUCAUUUUAUUUGUUUUUUAUUAAAGCUUUUUAAGUAAGUUUCUCAAUAAUGGGUUCGUUCCGCCGCGACAAAGACGAAGAGGAAGACGGCCCGACAAAUGCAUACCAGAACCUGGAGAAGACGUCUGUGCUGCAGGAGACGCGCACGUUCAACGAGACGCCGGUGAAUGCACGAAAAUGCAUUCACAUUCUCACCAAGAUUCUUUACCUGAUCAAUCAGGGCGAGACGCUGGCGCCACGCGAGGCCACCGACUGCUUCUUUGCGAUGACCAAGCUGUUCCAGUCCAAGGAUGUGGUGCUGCGUCGCAUGGUCUAUUUGGGCAUCAAGGAGCUGAGCUCGGUGGCCGAGGAUGUGAUUAUUGUCACCAGUUCGCUGACCAAGGAUAUGACCGGCAAAGAGGAUCUGUAUCGUGCGGCUGCCAUUCGUGCCCUUUGCAGCAUCACGGAUCACACCAUGCUGCAGGCUGUCGAGCGUUAUAUGAAGCAGUGCAUCGUGGAUAAGAAUGCGGCCGUAUCCUGUGCCGCUCUAGUCAGUUCGCUGCGGCUGGCCACCACCGCCGGCGAUGUGGUCAAGCGUUGGGCGAACGAGGCCCAAGAGGCAAUGAACAGCGACAACGUUAUGGUGCAGUACCAUGCGCUGGGUCUGCUCUAUCACAUUCGCAAAUCGGAUCGCCUGGCGGUCUCGAAGCUGGUCAACAAACUGACGCGCAGCUCCCUGAAGAGUCCCUAUGCUGUCUGCAUGCUGAUACGCAUUGCCUGUAAACUCAUCGAGGAAGAGGAUAUACCCUCAGAGGAGCUGUCCGACUCGCCACUGUUCACCUUCAUCGAGACCUGUCUGCGCCACAAGAGCGAGAUGGUCAUCUACGAGGCAGCCCAUGCGAUUGUCAAUCUGAAGAACACCAAUCAUCGCAUGCUCUCGCCGGCCUUCUCCAUUCUCCAGCUAUUCUGCAGCUCGCCCAAAGCCACGUUGCGCUUUGCUGCGGUUCGCACGCUCAACAAGGUGGCCAUGACCCAUCCGGCAGCUGUGACCACAUGCAAUCUGGAUCUGGAGGGUCUCAUCACGGACUCCAAUCGAUCGGUGGCCACUUUGGCAAUUACCACGCUUCUGAAGACCGGCGCCGAGUCGUCGGUGGAGCGUCUGAUGAAGCAGAUAUCCACAUUUGUGGCAGAGAUCUCCGACGAAUUCAAGGUGGUGGUGGUCCAGGCCAUCUGCGCCCUCUGCACCAAGUAUCCCAGGAAGCACACUGUCCUGAUGAACUUCCUCAGUGGCAUGCUACGCGAGGAAGGCGGCCUGGAGUACAAGACAUCCAUUGUGGACACCAUCAUUACGAUUAUUGAGGAGAAUGUCGACGCUAAGGAGUCCGGCCUGUCGCAUCUCUGCGAGUUCAUUGAGGACUGUGAGCAUGUCUCUCUGGCGGUGCGCAUUCUCCAUUUGCUGGGCAAGGAGGGACCAUUUGCGGCCACACCUUCCAAGUAUAUCCGCUUCAUCUACAAUCGUGUUAUCCUGGAGAGCCCCAUUGUGCGUGCGGCUGCUGUGACUGCUCUUUCACAGUUUGGAGCCUCCUGUCCGGCUUUGCUUACCAACAUUUUGGUUUUGCUUGGCCGCUGCCAGAUGGAUCCGGACGAUGAGGUGCGCGACCGUGCCACAUACUACCUGAGCAUCCUCAACUCGGAGCGAGCCGAUCUCUACAAGAACUACAUCAUUGAGCGCGAGAACUGCUCGCUGGCGCUGCUGGAGAAGGCUCUGGUGGAUCAUUUGAACGGGGAUCUGGAGAAGCGCUUUGACAUUUCCAUUGUGCCCAAGGCCGCGGCCAUUGUCCGGACAGAGAUCAGCAACGAUGUGAUGCUGGUCACCAGCGCACCGCGACCGCCGAAGAUCACACGCGAGGAGGAGAGUGCAUCGCGGUUGGCCCAGCUGCCGGGCAUUCAGGUGCUCGGACCCGUGCACCGCAGCACGGCACCCAUACAGCUGACCGAAAGCGAGACGGAGUACACGGUGCAGUGCAUCAAGCACAUCUUUGGAGCGCAUGUGGUCUUCCAAUUCGAUUGCCUCAACACAUUGUCCGAUCAGUUCCUGGAGAAUGUGCGCGUGGAGUUGACCCUGCCCGAGGGUUUCACCACCAGAGCCGUCAUCCCUUGCCCCAAGCUACCGUACAACGAACUGCAGACGACAUAUGUCAUUGUGGAGUUCCCACCAGAUGCGGGCAGUUCCAUAGCCACCUUUGGGGCCACUUUGCGAUUUUUGGUCAAGGACUGCGAUCCCAACACCGGAGAGCCCGACUCGGAAGAGGGCUAUGAUGAUGAGUACAUGCUGGAGGAUCUGGAGAUCACUGUGGCCGAUCAGAUACAGAAAUCGAAAAAGAACAACUUCCAGGUGGCCUGGGAUUCAGCCGAUAGUGAAGAGUGGCUGCAAGCCGAGGAUACGUUUGUGCUGUCGGCCGUCACUACGCUACAGGAUGCUGUCAAUACUAUUAUGAAAAUCCUUGGCCUGGGCUCUGCAAAUCUGUCCGAAAAAGUGCCCGAAGGCACACACCUGCAUACGCUGCUCUGUUCGGGCAUCUUUAGAGGCGGCGCCGAGGUUCUGGUGCGGGCAAAGCUGGCACUUUCCGAAGGCGUUACGCUGAAUCUGACGGUGCGCAGCACAGAUCAGGAUGUAGCAGAGCUAAUAACAGCGGCCAUCGGAUAAGACAGCGAGCCAUGCAGGAAUCUCGUCUGGUUUCUGCGUGCCGUCAAUAUAAUAUAAACAACAACAACCAUAAAGAAAACCUUAAAAAAUUAAUCAAAAAAUACAUAAUUUUUUACGUUUAAGUGAUUGUCUCUGUAAUAUUUGUACCCCUACAUACCCCCAUUGGCCCUUACCUGCCAGCAAGCACUCCAAUGCAAUGGCUUUGCCGACAGCGAUACACACAAACAUUCUUUGAAUUUAAUUUGAAUUGUUAUUGGCCUUUACCAAAACGUAGGGGCUUUGUGUAGCAUCCAGCUCCAGCAUCAUUUAAAUUUUAAAAUAUAUUGUAUGUAUAUGUUAAUGCCUGCCCCCCCAAUUAGCCUGGCCUGUGCAUUUAGCCUAAGUAUAAAACUAAAACUAUAAAUAUAUACAUGUAUAUGGAA